AUGAAGCCAAUCACAUCAUUCUUCUUCCUCUCAACACUCUGCGUGCUCCAACAUGUUGCCCUCGCUGCAAAUAGCAAACCUGUAGGCGGCCAACCGGGCAAACCUGCCAGAGGCCAACCGUCCGGUCCCGUCAGUGGGAAUCUACUAGAAGAAGCAUGCAAACAAGCGACGAACAAGGACCUAUGCAUCAACAGCCUGAAGAAAGACCCUAACAGCCAAGGAGCCGACCUCACGGGCCUGGCCUUCAUAGCGCUCAGGCUGGCCGCCGCGAAUGCCGCCGACGUUGAAUCCCACCUGAGGACGCUGAUGCUCAAAAACGCCACUGGUCUAGACCCGGAUGUUCAGCAGGGGGUUCAGGAUUGCAUAGACAGUUAUACCGACGCCAACGAGCAGCUGGAUGACUCGGUGGCCGCGCUGUCGGACAAGAAGUGCAAAGACGUCGUGGUCUGGGUGAAGGUAGCCAUUGCCGACUCGAAUUAUUGUGAAAGCUCCCUAGACGGUGAGCCUACUGUGCUUGCUGACAAGAACAAAGUGUUUAUACAGAUGUGCGAGAAUGUCUUGUCCGUGAUCAAGGCUUUGGCCCCAAAGGGUGUAUGA